UUAAGGCAUUUUGCAUUGGCAAAGUCUUUUCCAGAUGUCUGGAUGACGUUGGUAAAGAUCAAACUAAUGGCAAGAGAAAUCGGGAAUUCAUUGCCGCACUAAAUACGCUCUUUCAAGACGCCACUGAAGACGUAGGAAUUCAAAAUGUUUUGGAGGAAAAGUUCAAGGGGAAAGGACGUCAAGGACUUUGAUGAAGCAAACGGGAAAGACUUGAUCAACCAACUGGUGGAGAUCUUUGCAAUCCGCAGUGCAAGUAAAAACGAAUCAUCAGAAUGGUUAGAUCAACUGAACUCAGAAAAAGAAUGGACACCGAAAUUGCAAGUUUUGGUCAAAGAGACGUGCAAGGCAUUCCUGCUUCCUAAGACGACGAUCAAAGACAAAGACAAAUAUGGAAGAAAAAUCAUUUUCAUCAAAGGCGUCUCUGUGUUUGUCAGCAAAAUGAUCGAAGAAAUGAAGCGAUUAAAAGAAAAAUAUCCAGAGCUGCAAGAAAUCCAGAUUGUCGGGCUAUCAUCCGUUCACGUCGAUUGCCACCUAGAGAACGAAACCUGGCACGGAACGAACGUGGGAAUCGUUACGGAUAAGAUCGUUGUGGAUUCCGAAGUUUGCCGGAAAGGCCAGCAAAAUAAUGCCCAAGCAAAAGAAGAAACUACCGUGAGGAAUGCAACCAGUGACGUUGCGAACAACUUCUCCUUCUGUUGGGAUGUCUCUGGCGUAAACGGUGAACCUGGUCAACCGGGUAAGAGUGGCGGUAACGUUAACAUAAUUUGUAACGAGAUAAUCAACGCUGAACGAUGGAAGAUUAUAUCAGAUGGAGGCAAAGGAGGUGACGGACAGAACGGAAGUAAUGGGGAAAGCAAAUCGGACGGAAGGCCUCGCAAGUGGUCCAAAGAAUGUUUCAAAAAAGUUUUCCCUUCCAUGUCGACAUUCAAUAAAGGAGAACAAACAACUGACAUAGCUCCAGAAGAUACAGUAAAUACGGUUCUAACGAACCUAAUGGACCGGUUGCCAGUUGAAAAUCGAACAUAUGGCAAAGAUAUCAAACCAGACUACCGAGGUACUUUUUUCAUCGAAGGCACUGCGAAAGAUGGCAGUAAGAUCAGCUUGUCGUUCUAUCAGUCCAUGACAGAACGACACACACUCAUCUUCUGCCAAGGAAGCAACAUCGGACAAGGUGGAUACGGAGGCACCAUCACUUUUGAAUUCAUCACCGGAAAAGACUCGUUUGCAAUAGAAUCGAGAGUUCCAGUCGUCGGUAAGGACGAUCGUCGACCAAGGGCUGUGCGAAUGGGUGUCUACGAGGCGAUGGGCUAUGAUGGCGAAAUGGGAACACCUGUAGGUGACGUUGCGUUCAUUCACAGCCUCAACACUAACAAGGCAUCAGCAAACGAGAAUCCGACAGGUCAUUACAUCGGCUUCGAAAAUAAUGUUAGCCUUCGGAUGGAACGCAACCCUAAGAAACCUACAAGGCAGCAAAACGAUCCUGAGAAUUACUACACAAAACUAAGCAAUGAGCAAUAUGCGUCGAUUGUUUACCGUAGUUUACCCGCAUACGGCCAAGUCCAGCCACUGCAUUCGACGGUAGUAAAUGCCACGAAAAAGAAGGUCAUCGUUCGCCAAAGUCUUGCGAAGCACGUUUUUCAAGUGGACGAGCGGAAGCAGAUGUUAAAAUGCCUCCGAGAAAGAUUAUUCAGCAACUGGGAGAAAGAAAAAUUUGCUGACAAUGUCGACUUAUUAGUCAGUCAAAUGAGAGACAAGGAAACUCAGCUUCAUCAGUUGAUGUCACAGUGCAGUCGGGGCCUCGACAACGUUGGAUCAGUGAGAUUCGUUAAGUCCGCAAAAACAAACUGGAAUCUGAAAUCGGAUGUGAUUAGCGUUUCAGACACCUCGCAUUCUUUAGGCGGUCGACGAUCAGUUGGACGUCGUCCGGUUGAUUUCCGGAAAGAACCACCUGUCGACAUCAGGUGCCUUGAUAUGCUGGCAACAAUGAGCGGCGCCAAUAGCGCUAUACACAGCAUUUUCGGUCGGAUGAAUUCUAAUGGGAUGUAUAUUUGCGACGACGUGGUUAUAGCGAGGAUUCGCGCUUCUAUCACUACAUUCAUCCGCGAAGAGAAAAAUAGGGAUAACGUUUCGGGUUUCAUCAAGCAGUUUGUACUACGUGUACAAAAGAGUGAUGUAUUAGAUUGUCCCGUCGCCAAUGAUGUGAAAGUUGCAUAUUUCAAGUUCCGACGGACGAACAGCGAGAAAAGGGAAUUCAACUGGCAGAGUGCAACAGAAUUUGAGGACUUAUAUGAGGAAUAUGCUAAAUUUGUUAAGAAGCCAUCAAACCCAGUGGAAUCAGCCGAAUUGGAAAUGCUAGCAAUCAUCAAAAACAGGAUUAUCCAUGUUUACACCGAUCAAUCAUCAUCUUUCAAGUGGAAGGAAUCCUUGAAUCCUGAUGAUGAUGAUGAUGAUGUCACUCAUCACUGCGUUCUUCACAAGGAAAAUGGAGAAUUUCAAAGAGUCGAACAAAACAAAAUAAUUGAAGAUUUCUGCAUGAUACAUGACGAUGAUCUGUUUAAAUGUCCGCCCAUCCAAAGUGAAUACUUCUGCAAAUUUUUGGACUCUCUUGUAAAACACCGCGCUAACCAACAGUUCAUUGCAUCAAUGAAGAGGCUCAACCCUGCAAACGGUGAUACACCGGAUAAGUUGUUUCAGUUGCUUCUCAAACGUUGUCAACGAAAUGACGAAAAUCCAGAUGAUUUCGAUGUGAAAUUUGAAUACCUAUAUUCUAUUGAUCCUUGCUGGUUGGCUGAAUGGAUAGAAGAACACAAUAGUCGAAAUCUAAGUCCCAUUUUCUACUUGAAUAUCGUCAAAGCUGGACUACCCGUCGAGUGGAUACGCGAUUCUUUAAUGCAUGAUAUUUGCGAUCGGUUUACGAAGGAUGAUUUUGAUGAUGUUACGGAUGUUGAUUAUGAUGAUGUUACGGAUGUUGAAUAUGAUGUUACGGAGGAUGAUUAUGAUGUUUGUGGGCCUACUAUCCGCUCUAUAAAAGAUUGUGUGGAGGAUAUAGUCAUAAGAAUGCCGUUUCUGGUGCUUCUAUUACGCAAAUUGAUUGCCACAUCCGACAGCUGUUCCGCACUACAGCCCAAGAAUUUAGUUCGGCUCCUGAAAUUGAUAGCAAAGGAUUUCAAACAAGGUGACGGAAUUACAAGUCAGCAAUUGCCGGAGCUCCAACUGCUGCCUCUCAGCGAUUGGUUUUACCAUUUAAAAAGUAAAAAGUGGGAAAGAAGAAUCAAUCUGCUGUCCAUCCGCGAUUUGAAUACUGAAAAAGAGAAUAAAAAUCUUAAAAAAGAGGCCGUUUACUUGUUACUGGAACUCGAAUCCCAAAAUGGUGAAGAUCAUUGUGACAAGUUAUUAAAAGAAGUUAAGGAAUUGAAGACUGCUGUAAUUCUUUUGCAAGACGCCCUGCAUUCAAAAGCGACUCCUAGUCAAGAAUAUGACGAAAGAAACAUUGACGAUAUCAUAAAAGAGAUGGAAAAAGAUAUGCCUCAGAAUAAUGAGUCACGACUAGGCAUGUCAUAUCACACGAGCUUGGCUACAGUGAAAAAAAACGUGGAAGAAUCUAAAUCAAUGUCAGACCAAAUGAAAAAAUCUGAGAAAAGAAUUAAGAAACUGGUCAAGCAAUGGCAGAAAAAUGGUUUAGAACUGAACGAUAAAUCAGUUGUUGAAUUUGUCUACGUCUACGAUUACGCCAUACAGAAGACGUGCACGAAGGAAGGAGACAAACAAAUAUUUCAACUACGUGACACCCAGAGAGUGGCGAUCAUUACAUUGCUGACAUCCAAAGAAAAAACCACGUUAACGCAAGUGUCAACUGGGGAAGGCAAAUCACUGAUUGUCACUGGUGUCGCAAUAGCGUUUGCCCUUUGUCGAAACGAAGAAAACAAGAACAAGAAAAUUGACGUUAUUACAAGCAAUGACGUGCUGGCUCGCUGUGAUUCCGUGACGUCGGUGGCCGAUGGUGGGCUGCGAGAACUUUAUGAAUAUUUUAAAGUAAGCGUAGAAAACAAUUGCAGUCAAUGGGUGGACGAACGAACCCUAGCCUACAAUGCAGAAGUCGUUUAUGGACAAUUGGCAAAUUUCCAGCGAGAUUAUUUACUGGAUACCUUUUACGGCUAUAACAUCCGCGGUGACCGCACAAUGGACCUCGUUCUUAUUGAUGAAGUCGAUUGCAUGUUGCUCGAUCGCGGCAACAAUGUGCUCUACCUAUCGCACGACAUCCCUGGCAUGGAGAUGCUGGAAUCUCUGUACGUUUUCAUUUGGGAGAAAAUGCGCAGCUCUUCAAUCGGUUCGGAUAAGCUAGCAGUACAAGAAUUAGUUAAAUCUGCUGUUCUCCACGACCUGUAUGGUGUUAUAAGUAAAGACGAUUUGGAGUCCAUUUCUGAUUCCCUGAAAGACAAGCCAUCGGAAAAGAAUGCACUAUGGGACCACUUAAUUGAGACAAAAGUCAUCAACUCACAGGGACAUUUGUUGAUAGAAGGCAAUAUUGAAAACAUCAAAUUUAAGCCACAAAUGGAUCCCAAGAUUCAGUUUUAUCUUCGUAGCGUGGCUAAACGUGAACGGAAUAUUCAAAUACCUACGCAUUUGAUGUCAUUUGUCGAACUUCAUGUUGACACUUGGAUAAAUAAUGCCAUGAAAGCAUUGGAACUCCAACGUGACGAGGACUAUGUCGUCGAUCAAGACCGAACAGACACCAGCCCAGAUCUCAAUCCUCAAGUGAUUAUUAUCGACAAGGACACGGGGAUCGAUCAGAUCUCGUCGCAAUGGGAUGGAGCACUGCAUCAGUUUAUUCAGCUAAAAGAAGGCUGCAAGUUGACGUCACAAAGUCUAAAAGCCAGUUUCAUUGCGGACUCGACAUAUAUCCAGACUUACGUAAAGGUGUCAGCCCCAAAGUUAUCCUAUCCCGAAUAUAUUUUUAAAAUUUAUAUUCUCAAUAAUUUUCGUGCUGCACUUGGAUUGCCAGAACUCAAAACGACAGACACUAGUUGGAUGACCCCAGUUCGUUCUCUCGCCUUGGCCAAACAUCUGGCUGUACAAAAGUCAUCUCAGUCUCAGUCGAGGGCAGUUGAAAUUCUGAAUCGAGUCAUCGCUUCAAAGGAUAGUUCUUUGUAUCCAGCUGCUCAUUACUACCUUGCUUUCAUUUUGUUUAAAGAGGAUUUUAAGGAUAACAAAAACACAUUCAUUCAAAUUUUGCAAACGUGUGAAACUAUUUUGAACAAUCACAUAAACAUGCACUUGUCCUUUUAUCUCAAAGUCGCCCAUGCAGCGCCUGAGCAAACCCCGUCGUUCUGCGUCGUCGACGCCUAUAAACAGCAAAAAAACAAUAUGGUGAAGAUCCUCGAAUAUUUCAUCGGUUCCGUCCGGGCUUUACUUGGCAGUCAUUAUUGCUCAGCCUCUAAUCUCAAGGAAGCUGGGCGAGAUCCCCCCGAAAAACUUGGAGUCGUAAAAAUGAAAAUGAAAGAAGCUGAAACAUUCAUAAAGAAAAAAAUUGCUUCCCAUAUCCCGCGUUUUCAGAAAAAAAGGAAACUAAAUGAUGAACCUAAACGUCACAAAAUUCAUCCCGAAAAAGCGGACAAACUCUUUCAAUCGCUGGUCAAAGAAGAGUGCAUCACCUGUCAGCUCAACGACAUUCAUACAGUCCCUAAUCGGAACGCCAUCAUUCAGGAAGUAGCCGACGAAUACGGAAUCAAUAAAUUGUUAGAAAAUUUAGAGUCCGUCUUUGGGGAGAACUUAAUUGAGGAGCAGAUCGAGAAAAAACUCAAAGAAAAAAAUCUGAUCCCGUGCACAAGAAAGGCGUUUUGGGAGAAGUUGAAAGAGGCAGAUUCACUAGAAGCGGUGAAAGGUGGAUUGUGCUUUCAAAUGAAAUGCGUCAUCAUGUUGGAAUCCGAAUGCGAUGUUGAACCAAGUAAACCGAACAGCCAAAAACUCGAUCGAGAUAGACGGAUCAACAUUGAAGACUUUCAGUUUGGAUUGGAAUCUUUCGAUCGCAAGCACAACUGUCUAAACGUGCUGUACAACCCAAUUUACGACAGCACGAAUGACUUAUUGAAGCAGAAGAAAAUCAUGUUCAGCAAACAGUACGUUAUUAAACAACUCGGCGAAGAAGAGUAUCGACGCCGCAAGGAGAAAUUUGAAUCCAAUCAAAUUGCACAGCUUAACCUCAACAAACUUGAAAAAAAAGUCAGUUUGAAAUUUUCUGACCCGUUGGGGAAGCAUGAUUUGGAGCGAAUCGACAUAAAUUGUAGUGGCGAGCAGGAUGGCGUUUGGAAUGCGCUAGUUAAAAAGAAAAUCAUUAAAAAAAAUGGAAAAUUAUUGCCCAACUUCCAAAAAUUCAGUUAUCCAGAAUGUCCAGCUUAUGAGAAACCUGUCAUGCGUAUGAUUGGGAGAACUUUUGUGGCUGAAAUAGUCAAAAGUCAAUGGCUAAGGCUUAAGACUGACAAAGAUCCCAAUUGUUUGAAAGCCAUAAAUUUGCUACCAUUGAAACCCUAUCGAGAUAUGCUUGGCGAUUUGAUGGCUGCCCACGUCAUAUCUGGUGCUCGAGUGACGGAAAAUACAAAACUCAUCGAGGAGAAAACUGAUGCACUUGAAGACGAAGACGAGCGUGAAUGUGUUCGCAAGUUUCUGAAAAGUCGCCAAGCUGUUUAUGCUCCCAAGAUGAAAAAAUAUGACGUUUAUCUUGACUUUAUCGAAAUGGAUAUUCGAAAGAUUCCAAACACCGAGAACAUUUCUACGGAACUUCAUAGUUUCGAUCUCGUAGGGUUCAAUCACGUCAUUGACAUUAAGGAUCGAGAAAUGUCAUGGAAAACAUACCUGAGUGCAAUUGGGACCGGUGCUGUUGGUAUCGCUUCGAUUGGUGGUGGAGUUUUCUUGAUUCACGCAAACCUACUAUCUUUUGGACUGAUCAAGAAUGUAUUCUUCAUGGGAGGAGCAUCAGACAUUUUGUACGCCAUAACGGCCAUCCUGACGCGCAGCAACUUCUCGUGGGCCGAUUACACUCGUCAAAGGCUAAUGAGUGCCAUAGGAAAAGCAGAACCCAUGGACAUGAUCAAAACAAUUUUCAAAUUGUACAGCUCAACUGAAAAGGUUGAUUUCAGAGAGGCAAUUCAAUUGGCCGUCGGCAAGGAAAGGUGGAAACGACAAGGCAGAAGUCAAACAGACAGAGAUAGUGAAGUUUCAUCAGAAUUGAAGAAACACAAAACCGAGUUUUACUUCCACAGCCAACUCCAUGAUCUUUUACAAGAUUUUGGCAUCUUUGUACAUGGAAAAAUAAAGAAAUGCCUCGACAAAAACUUGAACGAAAUCCGAAAAAGACUGACCCAAUUCAACAAUCUUCACGGACUCGAAACAACCCAGCAUUUCGUUAGAGAGAAGAUGAAUAAAUUUAUUUCUGAUUGGGCUACAGAAGGACGCAAGUGGGUCAAAGAAAUCACCACUGCCAUGACUUCAAAACUGGACGAGAUUCAUAUGGUCCUUCAACAAACGGAAGAAAUUCCGUUGACACAAGAAAUAGCUGAUAAUGGAAUCCGCGAAAUGAAACCGAUUUUCCAUGACUAUGAGGUGCGAAUCAGAUUGAUACGCGUGACUGUCACCUGCAUUAGCGAAUUUCUAUCAGACCUGAAGAAUUAUGACAAGCCCAAAGUUGCAAGAGUUGAAGACAUCGGCGUUGAAGAAGCAUUUAAGCGUUUUCAGGAAAGGAUGCUGGCUGACAUAGAGGCUGAGCUGGAAAGACAGGUGGACAAGAUUCUGGACUCUUUGAGGAAAAAAAUUCAUCGAGUCGCCUCUAAGAAAGUCUCUAAUUUAGCCAAAAUUAAUUCGGAAAUAUUCACCUUUUUUUUGCAGUUUACUUAACCGAAGUUGAAUGUUCAAAAAUUUUCGAAUUGUCUAAUUGCGCACUGUGAGAGGACGAAAAAUAUUUUCAAACAAUUUGGGAUUUUCAGCAAUUAUAGCUUUUCACUUGAUUUAUUCGGGGAGUAUUCAUUAUAGAGCUUUUUUUUUAAGGGAAUCAAUAUUACAUUUCAUUUAAUCCUGUUUGGACACUGAACUGAUUUUUGUUAACUACUUUCCUUUUCUUUUCUUCAUUUGUUUUAAUUUUUAUAUACCACGUAGGGUGUUAUUUCCAUUAUGCUCCAUCGAGUUGAAUACAUAGAAAUUUUAGUUC